CGUUCCACGGAUCAAAGCAAGCAAGAUGCCGCGGGGCAAUGCGGGCCUCGAAUACAUCGUCAAGCUCGGUUAUACAUUGGUAAUCGUGACGGUUGGGCUAAUGAUCUGGGCAUCUCUGGCGAAAGCCCGUGAAGUCGAUAAUACCUCCGCCUAUUCACCAUGCAAUUUCAACGUACUCUGCCGCUGCUCCAAGCCGGGACCCGAUCUAGGAAUAGUGGACUGCCGUAACGUGCACUUUCCAGCCAUACCGAAAAUCAUCAACAGCUCCAAACUGUUCAAACUCUACAUGGACGAUACGGGACUACAAGAUUUGGAACCGUACUUUUUCCAGGCCACUGGACUCUACAAACUAGACGUUUCCAAUAACCCUAUUACGGAGAUCCCCGACGAAGCGUUCUUCGGCUUGGAGCGAUCGCUGUGGGAGUUGGUGCUGGAAAAUAACGAACUCAUCGAAGUUCCCUCAAGAGCCAUUCGAGAGUUGAAGAAAUUGCGUUUGCUGAACUUGAGAGGAAACGACAUUUCCAGCAUCGAUGCCGGUGCUUUCCGGGGACUGGAGAAGUCUUUGCAAACAUUAAUACUAUCUGACAACUCUAUUUCACAGCUUAGUGGCGGAGAUGUCACCGGCCUGCCCAACCUAGACAGCAUUGAUCUCAGUGGGAACAAUUUGGCCGAAAUUGACCCAGCCGCGUUCAAGGAUGGUCUUGAUAAACUAUCCAAGGUCUAUUUGGGCAACAAUCUACUGACACACAUCCCGUACGAAGCGCUCCAACCAUUAGGACUGUUACGGGUCCUCGAUCUAUCGUACAAUCUUAUCCGAACGCUCGGCCCCGAUGACGAUGGACCGAAAGUUAAUUACAAGCUGACGCUGGACGUUCUGCAACUGCAGUACAACUCGCUCAAAGAAAUACCGUCGGAAUCCUUUGGCUUCUUCGAUACCAUCAACUCCACAUACCUGGAUGGGAACCCUAUCAACAACAUCGAAGACAAUGCAUUCCGGCAGGCGAAGAUUCGGGAUUUGUACAUCCGUCACUGUGGCUUGGAUUUCAUCUCAACGGGUGCUUUCGCGGGUUUGGAAAGCUCGCUGCAACUGUUGGAUUUGUCUGGGAAUAAUUUGACCCAGCUGGCGGACGAUUUGUUCAAGGGAUUCAAUUAUUUGAGCUUUCUAAACCUCAAGGACAACAUCAUCAAACAGUUCGACAAACCUGAAAAGUCUCCAUUCUCCAGCCUCAAUCUCUUCAAACUGGACACCACCGGAAACAAUAACCAACCGUUCAGCCUCAAAGAACUAUCCACCAUGAAAAAUCUACGCUCACUGGCCACUUCGCAUCUUUCCUCGUUGACCCUAAAUGCCGAGGACUUCGCAGAUUUUGGCCUUGAACUGGAAGAGCUUCGCAUCACCCGCAGUGGGUUGAAGUCCAUCAAAAACCGCGCAUUUGCCAAUCUGCGUGGCCUCAAGCGGCUAGAUCUCAGCGAAAACCGUAUCGACAGUGUCGAAGCAAACGCUUUCAACGAAAUCGGCCACACACUCCUGUCGCUUCGAAUCUCACACGGUUUUGGAGGACAGCUGUUUCAAAUCCCUCACGAAUCGUUCCGACAGCUGACAACGCUGGAGGCCCUGGACCUGAGCAAUAACAAACUGAAAACCGUGAAUGAAAACAGCUUCCAUUUUAUGGAGAACCUCGUCAGUCUGGAACUGCACGACAACCAGAUUGAUACCCUGCCGAAAGGGACCUUCCAAGGUGAUAUUCACUGCAAGCUAAAGAUGAUCUCGCUCAGAUAUAACAAUCUCAAGCAACUAUCGACGCACUCGUUUGCCGACUUGGGGCAACUGAAUGCUCUGUACCUGGAUGACAACCGAAUUGAGACCAUAGAGAAGCGCGCCUUCGUGAACAUGAACAACCUGAAGGUGCUGAACCUGAGAGGCAACAAGCUGAGCAAAAUUUCUGAUGAAUCGUUCCAGAACCUUCCUGAGCUGGAAAAAGUUGAUCUCGCCUACAAUGCCUUAACAUCCUUCGACUUUGACUAUUUCGAUCAGGUCGGUUCACUGACUUCGUUGGAAGUAGACGUCAGCCAUAAUCGCAUUAUGGCGCUCGGUGAAAUAAUCGUCCCGACUUCGAACGAAUCCUCCCUAGUGCAGCUGGCGCAUGCCUCCACCGCUCGAGAGCACGUGGCUUCCCUUAGCAACAUAAAGAAGUUGGACAUGUCCAGCAAUAAUAUAAGCAGUAUCGAUGUUGGCUAUUUCAAACCGCUGGAACUAUCACUGGUGAAACUUUCACUGGCCGUUAAUCAAAUCAGCAACAUCAGUCGGGAAGUGUUUGGUCAUCUACCGCUACUACAGUGGCUAAAUUUGGAGAAUAACGUUAUCAGUGUUGUCGAUUUCGAUACAUUUUACAACACCAAGAAUCUGCAGGUUUUGAAGCUGUCCAAUAAUAUGCUCACGGACAUACCAGCUGAACUAUUCCGAAAUGUUCGAGGACUCCGCAUAUUAGAAAUGGCUCACAACAACUUAAAGUACUUGCCCGACAAUCUAUUACUGCAGGAUGGUUUGGAACGACUGGAUUUGUCUCAUAACCAGUUCACAAAAAUUCCAGCAACAUCGCUGUCUAAUUUGGCCGCAUUGGCUCUAUGUGAUCUGGAUCUAAGCCAUAACCACAUCGGAGCAAUUCACAGUGUUGAUUUGUCAAACAAAUUCAGGUCACUAUCAGUUCUGGACUUGUCCGAUAAUCGAUUGGUUCGGCUGGAAGAUGCUGCCUUUGCCACCCUUCCUCGUCUGUCGCUGCUUGAUCUAUCGCACAAUUAUGAACUGGAGCUAAUGGGCAAAGCAUUCGUGGGGUUGGAGAAUAGUCUCAUUGAGUUGCGGCUAGAAAAUAUAUCACUGACUGCAGUUCCGGAAAUUUCCAACCCGUCACUACGUGUUCUGAAGCUAUCGCACAAUCGUCUACCAUUCAUACCACCAGAGUUGGCAAACAAUAUGUCAUCCUUACGGGUAUUAGAUCUUUCCGAAAACGACCUGAUGCAUGUUCCUUUAAUAACACAUUCAUUGCAUAAUCUGAAAUCUCUAUCUUUAGCGGGUAAUCCUAUUACAACCAUGACAAACACGAGUCUUCUGGGGACCGCUGAUACAUUAGAACAUCUUGAUAUUGCUAAUCUGGACCUAAAUAGCUUUGAGAAUGGUGUUCUCAGUAAGUUAAACUUCCUAAGAACUCUAAAGAUAUCAACUUAUCCAAAUAUUCAACAAUUCAACAUCCCUCGUGUUCUGGAGAACACCCACAGUCUUCGAGAGCUCUGGAUCGAAGCUCCUAAACCACCAUCUCGGUUCGAAUCAUCGGGAUCAGCACCAAAAAUACCCAAGCCCGUAUCUGUUACAAGUAGCGAUAUGCGACGAGAAAUGGAAGGAAACUUGCCUCGAAAACUGAAAAGUAUAACAUUCAGUGGUUCUGGUUUCAAUCGGCUCGGCGAGACCGUGCUCAGAGGGAUCCAAUCCGUCAGUUUACAUGUUUCGUUGUACAACACGUCCAUCGCGGAUCUGCCCAAUGACUUCUUCAAGAACAUCGGUAAAAGUGUAAGAAACAUUUCUUUGGAUUUGGAGUACAGCAAUGAUCAACUGAAAGCACUGCCUAAUCCGAACUCGGCUCAUUACUUGCACCUGCCUGAACACUUAUUUCUUACCAGCCUUCACAUUUCCGGCAAUUCCCUGUCAUGUGACUGUGAAAUUGGCUGGAUUGAAUUUUGGCAACGAAAACGCCGUCAGUACAUGUGUCCCGCUCAACCGUGGACCGAAAAUAGCAGUUUCAACAGCUACCACAGGCACCAGGUGAGCUCACAGGUAUCGCACACCAGCGAUGACUGCGAAGACUCCGCCAACAACCUGCGAGAGGCCACGUGCAGCAACAAAAAAGACGAAAGCCUGCUGGAAGUUCUGAAGCGGGAUCUGGAAUGUGGAUGGGGCAGCGCAGCACCCAAGCUAGGCAUCGUGCCUGCGAUAGCUUUCGUAUCGGUGUUUGUGGUUCUGCUAAUCUGACUCAUUCGGUAUCUGUUCAAAAUGUACAGCGAGUUCUACGACUACUUGGAGCAACUAUACAGUGACCGGGGAGUGAUGAACGGUUCGGCCGCAGCCGUGUCCUAUGUGGACGACACGUGUGACUAUGGAAGCGAGUAUGAUCUGGAGUUGGAUGAACUGUAAGCCAAUUCCGGUGUUUAGGUUUUGCAAGUUUAUAUUUUUUUUAUUUAUUCAAAUUCAUAACAUAUGAUGCAUUUUUAAGUUAUUUGUAGCUUAUACGAUAUUUUGAUGAAAUAUUUUUAGUUUUAUAUUACAGAGAGAUUCUAGGAGUGAAUUCAGUGUGCCAAGAUUCUUGAUGUUUAUAGAUAAAUUAAAGAAAUAGUAAGUCGAAUAAAAUUA